AUGAGGGCAUUCGUCGAACAGCGCGAUCGAGAUGACGAGGUCAUCAACGCCGCUGCUCGCGCUGAACGCGCCGCCGCUCUCGCCCAGGCCGGUGCGCUUCGCGGCGUCGAGCAGCCACACACUUGGUACCUCUGCUUCGAUGUCGAGGCGACGUGUAUGGCCGGGCGCGGCCAGUUCGACUACCCGAACGAGAUUAUUGAGUUCCCCGUUGUCCUCAUGAGCUGGACGUGCGAGUGGGGGGAAGGGACGGACGGCCGCAGGCGCGCCACGAAUGCACGCAUCGCCCACAUCGACACCUUCCACGCCUAUGUGCGGCCGACAUGGCGUCCGAUGCUGUCUAACUUUUGCACCAACCUUACGGGCAUCCAGCAGAGCACUGUCGAUGCGUCAGAAACCUUCCCCGAGGUCCUGCUGCGUCUGGAGGGCUGGCUGAGUAGAUGGGGUCUGCUGGAAAAUGACGAACUCAAGAACGCCAUGUGGGUGACGGACGGCCCAUGGGAUCUGCAGGACUUUGUGCCAAAGCAGCUCCACAUCACGCCAACUAACCCUCCACGCUACCCAAAGUAUUUCCUCGGACGCUACUUGAACAUUAAGGAAGCAGUGCGGACAGUACGCGCAGAGGAGCAGCGGCGCCAUGGUCUCUACCUCCCAAACCCAUCACGCAUCACAACCGGGCGCCGUAGCCGGCCCCGGGGUCCGGCCCAGCCGCCUCUCACCAUCGCGGACCAGCUUACCGCACUUGGACUGAGCGCUUUUGAAGGUCGGCAGCACUCGGGCAUCGACGACGCAACGAACAUCGCGCGCAUCCUGCAAGCCAUAGGCGCCCGCGGCGUGCACAUUGAAGCCAACGCUACACUUUCACUCGCGAACAUGCGCCGCUACUCGUGGAUGGGGCGGCCAGGGGAGGUGAUGUGGAGCAAGCCGGCUGACCCGCUCAACGUCGAGGCCAGCCUUGCACAGCUGAGUCUCACGGACAAGGACGAUGCCAGCGACGGGGCGAGCGACGGUGCAGGGGCGGCAGCGCACCGCCCGCUCACGGCCAUCUGCGCCACUUCGUAA